AUGGUUGGAAAGGUCAGCGAGAGGGUGCUCCUCCGGGAGGGGCUGGAAAGAACCGACAAUGGCAUGAAAAUGACAACAUGGCCCGAUGUGGCCGCGAUCAACCAAAAGAACUACUACACGGAUUACAUGAAGCGAGACGACCAGAUUCUGGCAUUGCGAUUGCAGAACGAAGCCAACCGCGACAAGCUCGUGCAGAACGCCCGGGAUCGCGAUAGAGUUCUCUCGAAACCGGCCAACGGCGAGGUUCCCCUGCCGAUACCGGAUCUUGCCGACGACGAGGGGACGGCAACACCCUCAAACGGCAUCGACCCGUCCAAGAUCAUCGUCAUCCACCCUGGAAGUCAAAAUCUGCGAAUCGGUUUCGCGAGCGAUGCGCUCCCGCGGACUAUUCCAAUGACCGAAUCCGAAAUGCAUGAGGCGCUGCCGCGAAGGCAGUUUGAAGCCAAAAAUACCGACCAGCAGUAUGGGGAGGAGUGGUCCAAGAAGUACAACAAGCAGUGCAGCGAUCUCAAGCGCAAACUGGUUCAAACUUUCAACCGCCGCACGGAGGCCGAGGUUAUCCAAAAGCACAACGAUCCGUUGGAGAUUGAGUGGACAGAUGUGAAAUCACUGGAAGACCCAAGUUCCCUGGCAUCCUGUUUCGUAGGAAAUGGAGCGCUCCGUGUGCCCGACGACUCCGACCCGAAAUUCAAGCUGUGGUGGCCGAUACAGCAUGGCUGGUGGAACGAGGAAGACUACACGAGCGAGGAGCACCUAUACGACGACUUUGAAACACUGCUGGAUAAAACGCUGCGGCAGGAGCUUGGCUUGAAGAAGAACAGCGAGUGGCAACAGUACAGCUGCGUGUUCGUGAUACCUGAUCUCUACGACAAGCGAUACGUGGAGCAGGUGCUGCGGUCCUGCAUGACUUGGUUUGAGUUCAACAGAGUCACGUUCAUCCAGGAGAGCAUGGCUGCGACUUUCGGCGCAGGCUACACGCAAGCUUGUGUCGUUGAUGUGGGCGCGCAAAAGACGUCUAUCAGUUGCGCCGAGGAUGGUCUGCUGGCGGAAGACUCGCGGAUCAACCUCAAGUAUGGAGGAUACGACAUUACCGACACCUUCAUCAAGAUGAUGCUGUACGACAACUUCCCCUACCAGGAUAUCAACAUCCGCAGGCGCUACGACUUCCUCCUGGCCGAAGAGCUCAAAAUUAAGCACUGCACCAUGUCGCAGGCCGAUAUAUCAGUGCAGCUUUACCAGUUCCACGUGCGUGCGCCGAAUCAACCGACCCGAAAGUACCAGUUCAAGACCUACGACGAAGUCAUCCUGGCGCCAAUGGGCGUAUUUGACCCCGAGAUUUUCGACAAUUCUGCCAAGUUGAAGGGUCGCCGGAAGCUAAUAGACCGCUCAUACAACGCGUACGAUGUUGAAAUGCCUGACGAUCCGGCAUCUGCUGCCCAGCUUGCCAUCUUGGCUCUUGUCCAACCCUCUAUCACGUCGAACGCCAAUGGCUUCCCUCUGUCACAGCCGGAAAUAUCGACACCGAUGAAGGAGAAGGCGCAUCCUUUCAGCUUCUCUGGCCGUGACGGCGUCAACGGGACACCUAUGGGCUCGCAUGCUGGGUCACCGGCCCCUGAGGGCAACAGCACGCCAGCACCGCCAUUCGUCUUUGCUAAUGGGAAGGAUGCUACGAAUGGAGGUAGCCCUGCUCCUCCCGGUUCCCGCGCCACUGGUACCCCAGUGCCCGGCCAGACGAGCCAAGCCUCGCAGCCGCCGCCAGGGAUGUUCGUCGACUCAGCAGCCCGGACAGCCAAGCACAUGGCUGCUGAGCGCGAUUCUGUGCUUCCCGUGGCCCCGUUGGAUAUUGCCAUCCUCACCAGUAUCCAGAAUGCUGCCAAGGGCGACGAGAAGAAACUGCGUGAUCUACUGGGCAGCAUCAUGGUCAUUGGCGGCGGCGCCAAGGUGCCACAAUUCACAGUGGUCUUGGAGGAAAAGUUGAAGCAGCGUCGACCAGAUCUACACGACCGAAUUCUCGUGAGCAGAAGCGCAAGAGAUAUGGACGAGCAGGUUGUCACGUGGAAGGGCGCGAGCGUCUUCGCGAAGCUCUCCACCAACGACUCGUGGAUCACUCCGUUCGAGUUCGAGAGGCAUGGCGCGAGGACUUUGCACCACAAGGUGCUGUGGAAUUGCUCUGUGAGCUUUGUCAUCUCGGACCUGAUCGGGCAGAAGCAUAACAUUGGCGACGUAGUCGGUACCUUGGGAUUUGCGGACGAGGUCGUCGCCUUGGUGGCAUGUCCAGCAUGGGGUCUCAUCUCUGACAGGCUAGGUGUGAGAUGGGUGGCCACCAUUGGGUACCUGAUCAUCGGCGCAUCCCUGGUCGUCUUUGUGCAAGCAAAGAACAUUUACCCACAGCUCCUGCUUGCGAGAAUCUUCUUUGCGAUCGGCGCAUCCGCAGCUGAAGACGGUGACAGCAACCAGUCAUCUCGCAAUAAGCAUGCACGCCUUUCGCGACAGAGCAUUGCGUUCUCUGUGAAUUCUGAGCUCACCAUUACGCCCGAACGGUACACUCGCACUAUAUCAAGCGAUCGUGUCUCCCGAGGCGAGCAAGAUGAGAAGAAGCUCGACAAGGCCUCGGCUCUGGCAGGCUAUGUUGGUCUGGCCACAGGAUGCGGCGCGCUAGUAGCACUGUCCUUGUUCCUUCCGCUCCCUACGAAAUUCGGCGAUAUCGAGAAGGUCACACCUGGCCAAGCUGUCUCCUAUAGUUUCUAUGUUGUUGCCGGUGUGGCGAUCGUGGUGGCGGUCUUUGUGUUCUUUGGCUUGCGCAACUUGAGAGGCGAGGAGGGCAAAGGAUGGGGUGUUCUGCUCGGUCUUGGAAGCAAGGCGGAUGAGGAUGAGUUCGACGCCCACAGUAGCAGGGAGCUGCGCAAGGAGAAAGUCAUCCCGUAUCUCCACCUGAUGAAGGACUCUCUUCUCCUCGGCGUAACCGACAAGAGGAUUGCCAUUGGUUACAUCGGCGGCUUUGUCGCACGCGCUUCCACAGUUGCCAUCUCGCUCUUCAUUCCGCUGUACAUCAACACCUUCUUCAUCGAUAACGGAUUCUGCCAGGGCUCGCCUCAUGAUCCCAGCCCAGAACUCAAGAAGGAGUGCCGCACCGCAUACAUUCUUUCGUCCAUUCUCACAGGCGUUGCGCAACUUAUUGCCUUAAUCUGCGCUCCGGUGUUUGGCUACAUCUCACACAAGUCGGGUCAAGUCAACUGGCCAAUUGUCGUCUCGACCAUCUUCGGCAUGGUCGGCUACGUCGUCUUUCCUCAGCUGUCCAGCCCCGAAAUCAAGAACGAAGAGGGCAGAGGAGGGACACCCGCAAUCUUCUUGGUGGUCGCUUUGAUUGGCAUCAGUCAGAUCGGCGCCAUUGUUUGCAGUCUCGGGUCGCUUGGUCAAGGCGUGCUGGCAGUUGAGCUGUCGCGUACCACUCCACGCGAGCCAUCAAUCGCGCCCGAUGAAGACGAAUCUGCCGAAGAUGAGCCCCUCCUUCGAAUUACGACACAGGAAAAUUCAGUAGCACGCACCAAGCUCAAGGGAUCGAUUGCUGGAGUGUAUUCGCUUUGUGGAGGCGCGGCUAUUCUGCUGCUGACGAAGCUCGGAGGGUACUUGUUCGACAAGCUCUCAACUGGCGCACCUUUCUACAUGAUGGCGGUAUUCAAUGCCAUCUUGCUAGUUGUUAGUCUCAUGUUGGACGCAUCGCAGACAUUCGCGGCGAGGUCUUAG